CCCCACUGGUAACACUCAAUAGAGGCAGUGGCAGCAUUGUGGAGAAAUAUGUGGGUCAGUGUUCCUCUAGGACUCAGGCUGGAGAUGGCCAAGAUACUCUGUGUUUAAUAUAAAUCAAAGCAUCCUGUAUCUUUGUAAGUUACAGACUUUCCUGUGACUGGUCUUCCCUCACCUUUAUUGACCCUCAAAGAGCAAGUUUCCCUUGUGAGCAUCCCUAAAAAAUGGUUUUAAGAUCGAGAACUUGCCUCUAAGCUUUCAACUCAAAACCAACUCCAUUUUUUUGGCAAAUUCUAAGUAACCUGAAUGAAAACACACCCAAUAUUUUCAAAAGAUGUGCUUUUCCAGUGGGGCUGCUGGAGAAGAGUGGAUGAAGACUCCCUUUUCUUCCUCAGUCCCAAACUGGGAGGCUGAUGGCUUUCUCUUCUAUCCAGAUUUUCAUGAUCAAUCUGAAUUGUCGGAAAGACAGGCAGGAUCGGAUACUGCGGACUCUCUAUGAGCAGGAGAUUGCAGUCAAGAGAGUAGAGGCUGUGCAUGGAAAACCACUUAACACGAGUCAGCUCAAAGCUCUCAGCAUCGGUAUGCUCCUGGGAUCCCGGGACCCAUACUCUUCCAGGCCACUAACCAGAGGAGAGAUUGGCUGCUUUCUCAGUCACUCUUACAUCUGGAAGGAGGUGGUGAACAGAGAACUGGGGAAGAUGCUUGUUAUUGAGGACAAUAUGCGCUUUGAGCACUAG